AUGAUCGAGGCGGACAGGGUGAGAGUAUUGAAGAAUGAGCCUGAAUGGAUCACGGUGCCCAGUGCAAGUGGGGUGGGACAGAGCAUUGCACGCUGCCCUAAAUGCUGGAUCGCUGUAUGGAGCAUAUACCCGGGCUUGGGCCACGACAAGAAGCUGUUGCGUAUCGUGCGUGUUGGCACUCUGGACAAGCCAGACUUGUUUCCACCUGAUAUCCAUAUCUGGACCGCUGAAAAACAGCCUUGGAUCGUGCUUCAACAGGAUGUACCCGCUUUCAAGGACGGCACAUACGAUAGAAAGGAGGUCUGGUCGCAAGAGGCCUUAGACAGAGGGAAGGAAGUGUUCAGGCUUUGA